GCGUCCGGCUGCCGGGAGGACGGUGCGGGGGUCAUUCGGGGUUGGACUGCUGCAGGCAGGCGUGACAGGCAGAAGCAACCUCAGGGUCUGAACCUACUUGUUCCAGCAGCAGACAGGACAGGCUGAUCUUAGCCGCUGCUGUUGGAAGUUGCAGCCGAGAGUGGGAGCCGAUGGCGUCUUGGGCUGCAGCCAGCCUGAGCAAAACAGCUGCCCGAUGCUUGCGGGCGCGAGGCCCCGGGAUUCCUGUGGCUUCUCGGUGCGCCCCUCACCCAGAGCCCCCAGGCUGCGGCCCUGCUGCGGGCAAGAAACUGCACCUUACUGUGGCGGCCCUUGCUGGGCACAACAAAUGGUCCAAAGUCCGGCACAUUAAGGGUCCCAAGGAUACCGAAAGGAGUCGCAUCUUCUCCAAACUCUGUCUGAGCAUCCGCCUGGCGGUUAAAGAGGGAGGCCCUGACCCUGAGCUAAACAGCCACCUAGCCAGCAUCUUAGAGGUGUGUCGCAACAAGCAUAUGCCCAAGUCAACAAUUGAGGCAGCGCUAAAAAUGGAGAAAACUAAGGGCAUUUAUUUGCUGUAUGAGGGCCGAGGCCCUGGUGGCUCUUCUCUGCUCAUUGAGGCAUUAUCCAACAGUGGUUCCAAGUGCCAUUCGGACAUUCGACAUAUCCUGAACAAGAAUGGGGGAAUGAUGACAGAAGGAGCUCGUCAUUCUUUUGACAAAAAGGGGGUGGUGACGGUUGGAGUGGAAGACAGAGAGAAGAAAGCUGUCAACCUAGAGCGUGCCCUGGAGCUGGCAAUUGAAGCAGGAGCUGAAGAUGUCAAGGAAACUGAAGAUGAAGAAGAAAAGAACCUUUUUAAAUUUAUUUGUGAUGCCUCUUCACUGCAUCAAGUGAGGAACAAGCUGGACUCUCUGGGCUUGUGUUCUGUGUCCUGUACACUGGAGUUCAUCCCCACCUCAACAGUGCGACUGGCUGACCCCGACCUGGAGCAGGCUGCCCAUCUCAUCCGGGCUCUUGGCAACCAUGAGGAUGUGAUUCACGUCUAUGACAACAUUGAAUGACCAGGACAUAUGUGCCUGUGGGCUCCUGCUUGGGCAAGGGACAGCUCAUCCUGUACUGUAGUACAGAUGCCUGUAGCAAACUCUGAGACUGAAGCAGGUGGGAAGCCUAGCCAGUUAGGAGGUCUAAGGCCUGGACUUGUGGCCUUGAGGCCAAGGGAAUCACACACUUUCCUGGGGCGCUCUGUUGGCACUGCUAGUGUUUCGGAACCCUCCUGGAUGCAGGGUGGCACCAGCCAGCUGUUCUGACUCUGAUCUCAGUAGUGGUCCCUUGUAGAAAUUGUAAAUUCCUCACAGCCCAGCGUACUGAAAACUACUCUGUGUGUGUGUACGUGUGUGAGUGUGUUUGUGGUAUUGGGGAUUGAACCAAGGGUGCUGUACCACUAAGCUAUGUCCCUAGCCCUCUUUAUAUUUUGAGUCAGGGUCUUGCUGCCCAGGUUGGCCUUAAACUUGGGAUCCUCUUGCCUCAGCCUCCUGAAUCACUGGGAUUACAGGUGUGUGCCACCAUGCCCAGCUGGAACCUAUUCUUAAAUAAUGACAGUGGUUGAUCUUGA